AUGUCGGAGAUUAUGGAAGGCAUAGUGACAAAUGCUAACCCACCUAUUGUGACAAAUGCUAACCCACCUAUUGUGGAGAAAAAGAAGUACUUAACGGAUACCGUUAAAGAAUGCCACGAGCAAACAAUUAAUUUAAUUCAACAGCUUCUCCCAAAAAUACAUGACUCCAUAUUGACCAAUGUGGAAAAAAUAGUGAGAGAAAAUCUUAAAGGCAUUGAGGCCAAAGUUGAAGAUCAAACCGUUAGUAUUGUCCGCAUCGCGGAAAAACUUGACGAGACCGUGACCAAUAAAAAUUUUGAAGAGUUAUCUCUUGGGUCUACUCCUGAACCAAAUGAGGAGAUAGAAGUAAGUUUGGGAGAAAAUAAAAACAGGGAAAUACCCACAAAACUUAAGAUUGAAAAUGGUCCUGUUAAUCCACAAAUUCAAAAUGGUCAAAUUCAAAAUGACGGUUCAAAUAAUCAUAAUGAGCGUGGUCGUCGUCGUGGUCGACGCGGAAAUCGUAAUGCUUACUUUAACAACCACGGUUCAAACCGUGAGCGAUCACGUUAUUUCUAUGCUGCGCGUCAAGACCGUCGACAACAAGAACACUGUAGCUGUCACCAAUGCAAUCGUGGUCGCGGUAGACGUUUUCGCGCAGGGCCUCAUUGA